GGAAAAAUAAAUAACAAACGUACAUUUUCUUAAAUUUUCUGUUAAAUCCCAAUGCUACAUAGUUUGAUGGCGUAAACUUUAUUUCCUUUAUUUAACCUUGAUUGGGAGGGUGGCAACGCCACUUACUCGAUUUUUUUUUAUUUUGGAAUAACAAAAUUGCAUUCUUUGUGGAAACAAAAUUGGGCGAAAGAUUUGACUUCACAGGAUGGUGUGUCGACUAUGUUUAAAAUAUUCUGAUUGCUGUUUGGAAAUAUUUGACGUUAAUGGCGAACAAUUGGAAAUAGCGGAUAUAUUGAAACGACACUUCUGGUUCCAGCCCCUGCCCAAUGAUACCAUUUCAACGGUGAUAUGUCGAAUUUGUUGGUUAAAAGUCAGCGAUUUUCAUCAAUUUUAUUUGACAAUAGAACAAGCGCAUUCGUCUCUGAGUGAUACCUACGUAAAACAUGAAACCGUAACUGUGGCAAUUGAUCAGGAUUUUAUUGAACAAUCUGUACAAAUUAAGGAAGAAUGUCUAGACUAUUUGCGCACAAAUGAGAAAGUUGAAGAAGAAGUUAAUCCAUUAUAUGAAGCAGAAUUGGAUCAGGGUAUGAAUGAGGAUUCAGAAGAAGGUGAAAUAAGAGACGAAAAGAUUAAAGAAGAAUCAAAUGUGGUAAAAAAAUCGGAAGAAAAAACACCGAGACAAAAACGGAAAUAUGUGCGAAAGAAACAAUGUAAAAAAAAAGUGUCCAAAAAUGAAAUAGAUGAAGAUGACGAAGAUAGUGAAGAUGAUGAUGAUGAUGAUGAGCAGGAAAAACCAAAACGUCAGAAAGUUAUUACAUCAACGCCGCAAGACGAUGCUAUGGUUAAAAAGCACAUUCCCAUGGGUUGUGAACUUUGUACAUUUGUAGGAGAGGACUUCACGGCAAUGGCUAAACACUUUCGUUUGCAACAUCCUCUGAUUAAACCCUACAUUCGUUGUUGCAACAAAAAACUAAAUAAACGAUUUAAAGUAGUACAACACGCGUAUAAGCAUGAAGAUCCUGAGUUUUUUAAAUGUCAGGAUUGUCAAAAAGUUUUUUCCGAUCGGUACACACUAAGGUCUCAUAAGAUUGCCACCCAUGCGCCAGAGGAAGAACUCAAUUUCGCCUGUGACCAAUGUCCCAAAAGGUUUUCACGGAAACAUUUAUUAGAGUUGCAUCGGCCUUCACAUGUACCAAUGGAUAAACGUUCUUUCGUAUGCGAUCAAUGUCCAAACAGUCGAUUCGCUAGCAAUCAUUUAUUGAAAAUUCACAUUAGCAUGCGUCAUCGUCGAGCAACAAACGUAUGUCAUGUGUGCGCUAAAGAAAUACGGGAUAAAGCAUCAUUUGAAAAGCAUGUUCGUUUACAUUUCGAAGACAGCGGUCCUCGUGUUAAAUGUCCACGCCCCGAUUGUGAUCGAUGGUUGAAGGAUGAAGAAAAUUUGCGGCAGCAUAUGCGUCGACAUAAUGACGAGGGACUGGUUUUUAAAUGUGACGAAUGUAGUCGCGUUUGUAAAAACCGCCGUGCACUACGAAGUCAUAAACUUUAUGUGCACUCAAAUGAAGUUUUCACAUGUGAGGAGUGUAAUAAAACCUUCAAAAAAGCCAUUACUUUGAGGGAACAUAUGGCUCAGCAUACUGGUGAAAGUCUCUACAAGUGUCCAUUCUGUACUCGAACCUUCAAUUCGAAUGCUAAUAUGCACUCGCACAAGAAAAAAAUGCACCCUAUUGAAUGGGACGUUUGGCGUAAAACGAAACAAGGGAGUUCGCAGCAGUUGAUAAGUAAACAACAGAGCACUUUAUAAGACGAAACGUAAUACAUAGAGACGUAUUAUGCUAUGUUCUUAAUAGUUAAAGUUAAAAUGUCCAAUUCUAUAAUCAGUUUCGUUAAAUUUCUUAUAUUUAUAAAUAAAUAAAAUAAAUACAACUUUACAUAUCGGAA